GAGGAUCCCUGCUCAGGUACGAUGCUCUUCAUCAUCCCUUUCGUCAUCCGUCCGGGUCCUAAUCUGUGCAAAUGACUUCGGACGGAGACGAAUGGCAGACAUUGAUCCUCCGUGGCUUUUCGCAAAUCGAAAAUUCUCUGCGUCUUGGACUGUUUACGACGCUGCAAACGUCGGGCUGAACUGCACUUGCCCUCCGCACGUCGAGCCGCGGCCUGGCGAUGAUCAUUGGGUGACCAGCGGCAUUCCAAUUUACGGGAUCGUCUAGAGCCCUCGGUCUCUUCUUCCCAAUCGCGGUCCAUUGCGAGACUGAUCUAGCUGCCGUAUACACUCCGCAAUGGUGUUGAACACGCUGACCGUCGGCGCCGCCGUGACACCAACGGUCACGAAGACGUGGGUGUCGCACUACGUCAACCGAAAGCCACUGCGGAAAAAGCCGACCGCCCACAUAUCGUACGAUCUUGGUCUCCAUCUGGUCCGGCGUUUCAUCGAGUAUUCCGCAUUGCACACGGUCGAGGAAUUGCAAGCCUUCACGGCACAAUGGGUUCCAGCCCCGCGAUGGGUGCGGACGGAGGACGUCGAGAUCGGUGCGGCAAACGUGGAAAAGGCCGCCGAGUACAUUCUGGCCCAACUCGGACCGGAUGGUAUCGAGCAGGUAGGCGGCAAGGAGUGGUGGCAGUGGCGACGAGAGAACGAGCCGCUCAAGGCAGAAUGGAUCGAGAUGAAGGCGGACUACGCCGCGAGGAAGGAGGGCAGAGAGCCGGCAAACAGAGUCAUGCUUUACUUGCACGGCGGAGCAUACUACUUCGGCAGCGUGAAUGAGCAUCGUUAUCAGAUCCAGCGCCAUGCGCGCAAGCUGAAGGCCAGGUGCUUGGCUCCGAAUUACCGGCUGGCCCCUCAGUUUCCCUUCCCUUGCGGCCUACACGACUGUCUGGCUGCCUAUCUGUACUUGCUCGGGAGGCACAGCAACUCCGAGAUCAUCAUUGCGGGAGAUUCCGCAGGAGGCGGCAUGGCGCUGUCGCUGAUGAUCGUGCUGAGAGAUCAGGGACUUCCGCUGCCUGCUGGUGGGGUUCUGCUGUCCCCAUGGGUCGACCUCACUCAUUCUUUCCCAAGCAUCUGUGGGAGUGCAAGCUUGGACUAUAUACCGGCUGAUGGCUUCAUGCACAAACCGUCCAUGGCCUGGCCACCACCAAGCCUGGAUGAAGUCAACGAAGAAGACGAGCCGGCAACGAAGACGACCGAAUCUGAGACGCCCAAAGGGGAAGGCUCGGAUAAGAAUAAGGGCAACGCGGACGGAAGUGGUGAUUCGAAGCUAUCCAAUGGUGACAGGAGACGUGGGUACUCAGUCCUCGAUCAUCGCGAAUCUGCCAAUGGUACGGCGACAGGAUCUACGCAACAGAGAUCCGGCCGCAUCGACGCAAAAACACACCUUCCUGCUGUGAUGGUUGACGGCAAGCUUAUUCAAAUACACGACCAAAUUCAGCUUUACGCACCGAAUCACCUGCUUUUCCAUCCAUUGGUUUCUCCUAUCCUACAGCCCUCGCUUGGCGGUCUUCCUCCCGUGCUGAUCCAAGUAGGCGGUGGAGAGCUCUUGCGCGAUGAGCAAAUGUACAUAGCCCAUAAGAUGGCCAAUCCGGCGCAAUAUCCUCCACGCAAGGAGAUUCUCGACCGCUACGAUCCCGAUCGUGUUAUGCUAAACAAGUACAAACCUACACACGUGCAACUACAACUAUGGGAAGACAUGUGCCACGUCGCUCACACGCUCAGCUUCACCAGGCCAGCCAAGUUCAUGUAUCGUAGCGUUGCCCAGUUUAGCGCCUGGGCUCUGUCCCACGCUCAACACCGCUCCAUCGACAUUCCAGCGGACGACGAGAGCGAUACGGACUCGCUGAGCUCCCAGGAAGAAUCUGACGGGGGUCGCAAGAAGUCCGGUGAAACCCCACGGGAGAAGACGCCCACGAUCAAAAUCCCUCUUCGCGGCAGCGUUGGAAAGGCAGGCGACCCGCUCCCACCUUUUGUCAACCACAUGAUCCGGCAACGCAUCGAUCGGCACGGCGACAUCUACGAACUCGAGCCCGUCGAGGAUAUUGCCGUUCUGAAAAUCGACCCCGAAGAGGUCGGCGUGCUCAAGGAGGGUCCCGUGAAAAAGUGGUUGAUUCGCCAGGAGAAAUGGAACAAGCGAUUCGCAUCUACAAAGCGCGAUCUGCAGAAGAAACGCGCGAAGCAAUUGAGAAGGGGAUAUGUGGGCCUGCCCGAGGGCGAAAAACCGCCGCCAACAGCACUCGCGGGUAUGAGGACGAAGGACCUUCCGAAGUUGCAGAAGAUGACGACAAGCUGGGGUAUGAUGCUGUGGAGUGGCUGGGGCAGCAAGCACGACGAAGUUAUGGUGCAGCAUAGCAAGAACGAGCAUACCGGUGACGCCGCCGCAGAAACCGGAGAGGAGACCGGCGUGAAGAAGGAUGGUGGCCCGGCGUCCUGCACUAGCUCAACACGCGGUGGCCUCCAAGCUCCUCUAGUCAACACAACCAGACCCCGAUCGCGCUCACGUAGUGUUAUGGAUGAGGGCCAGGCUAAUGGGAAGCCUACAGCUGGCGUCACGAGUGGUGAAAAGACGUCGAAUCUCGGUCCGAACAUCGAUGCUAUCCCAGCCGGCAGUACCGUUAUUGGCAACACAGUCAUUCCACCGACCGAUACGCUGAGCACGAGGCCAACUGCAGGUGGAAUCGCAUAUCCGUUCAAACUGAAAGUCCAAGAAGACGAUGUAAAGAGCACCAAUGCGAGCAUGAUGACUCUUGACAGCACGAACAUGCCAGUCAGUCCAGCUCCGUCAGAAUUAGUCCAUAAAAAUUUGGAUGGGACGGUUGCCGCGUCUGCUUCGACCACUGGAGUGACGACAGCGGACGAAGCUGCCUCUAGGAACGAGAGGCCGCAGCCAGAGAGAUUUGAAACGGCGAAGGAAUUCUUGUAAAAAGAUUUUGUUGCGUAGAGUCGAUUAGCACUUGUUUUCUUAUGUCUGCUCAUACAUUAUCCUCAAGAUCGACGGGAUAUGCCCUCGCAUAAUUAUAGGGAAACAUUUCGCACUUGUGUCCUACCUGUGUCACGAGGUAUAAUGGUAAUACUCUAGCUCAAUUUCCAUUAUCGUUGCACUACCAUAGAACGUCCAAAGCAAGAAUCUAGACAGACUGGACUUCAGCUG